UUUCAAUAGUUCUUUACUUAUUCAUUUUAUAUUUUAUAUUUUUCCUAUUUCUUUUUUGAAUGCCCAACUAGAAAUGCUGAUAUUAAGCAGCUCAGCACAAGACAAGUACGUACCCACUGGCCUUUUUCUAAAGUUUAUACCAAAGCAAUAUGGCAGAGGAUAGACUGCUUCAAAAAUACUCACAAAGUUCUGAUAAGGACUUACGCUACAUGGCAUUGAGCGACUUGGGAAAUGAAAUCAAUAAAGAAAGACGAUCAAGUAUUGCAGAAUCAUUCUCUAGUCAAAAUUUUACAGAAACGUUGAUUAAAGCGUUAAAAGAUCCUGCUCCUGAGGUGCAACAAGAAGCUGCGCGAUGUGUUUCUCUAUUGUCUCUUAAGGUUUCUGAUCAGACAUUGGAACACCUAAUUGACCUACUGUUAAUUGAGUUUUCAAGGUCCUAUGAAAAGAAUUAUAUUGCUGCAUUGUGGAUGAUUCUGUCUCAAUCUGAUGCACAAUCUAGUUUGACUUUUUUUUACUGUUCAAAAGUUUUACCUAAAAUUAUUAAUAUACUAGAAACUCAAAGUAACGAAUCAGAGGAGUCUUUAAGUCUUUUAUCAAUUGCAAAUGAUUCAUUGGAAUUAUAUUCUUCGUCACUUUCAGUUUUGUCAACUGAUGUUGCAUCUGCGUCUUUCAAGGUAUUUCAAAACUAUAGUAUGAACUCCAAGCGUGCCUCGAUCUCAAAAAAGUCUAUCAAUUGUAUUUGUAUUUUAUCUAUAUAUGGACCUGAGCAGUGUUUAACUACACUUCUUUCCAUUCUGAAGGAGCAACUGAUGGUUAAACCAUCCACUUCCAAUCUUCAUACGUCCGUCCUUUUACUUAACCAGUUACUACUUGCAUCUGCAAGUAGUACUACAGAAUUAUCUAUUAAGUUUUCUGCAUCAGCACCAGGUUAUCUUACGGUCAUCUUGAAUUUAUUAAAGGAUGAUCAUAAUUCUUUCGACACAGUGCAAUUACUUCUGAAUACCGUUUCACUUUUGGUAAAAUAUCAAAACCCAAUUGUUGAAAAUACAUGCAAAGAAGUUCUGAAUGUUCUGAAAGAAAAAGUUCAAUUUGACCCUAAUAUUGUUUCAGAUGCUGAAGAUGAAGAAGAUAUCCAAGACUUUGAUGAAGACGAUGAUUUUGGAAGUAUGUACGAAGAUGAAGAAGACAAUGCAUGGUUAAUUAGGCGAGAAGCUAUCUCAGUUGCCUCCUCAUUAAUAACUUUUCACGUUGAAUUGCUAAGUGUCUUAUGGGAAGAUUUUGGAGAGUAUAUCAUCAAAGCUUUGUCUGAUAGAGAAGAUAACGUCAAGCUUUCUGCAAUUGGAUUUCUCGACUUAUUUUGCGAGCAAAUUUCUGUUUGGAAAUCAGAAAAUUUAAAGCCUAAAGGAAAGAGAAAAUUUUCAGAGCUUUCAUCGCUUUCGACUAGUACACCUGAUGUAAUUUUCGCAAAUUCUCUUCCUUCUUUAUGUGCUUAUUAUCAGAAAUUCUCAAAAAAAUCUUCAUUGUCGAUUAAAAUUGGUUUGGUUAAUUUAGCAUCUCGCAUUUUUCGGACGGUCUCAGAUAAGCUUGAUAAUCAUUUUAUUGGAAUAAUGUCAAUUUUGAAUUCCUUCCAAAAUUAUGCGACCUUGGAACUAAGAGUUAAGCUUGAUAUUGUGAACUUGAUUUCUGCGAUCGUCUCCUCCAAUGUAAAAAUUGAAUGUUUGGAAAAGCUCCAACCCUUAAUAACAUCCGUUCUCAUUUCUGCUUCUGAAGAUAAAUAUCUUGAAUUAGUUUUUAAAGCCGUUCAAGCAGAAAUACUUCAAUGUGAAUAUUAUGCACGCGUUGCUCCCAACACUCUUCGCAAUGAAAUAAUGGAAAUGGCUAACACGAAUAUUGAACUUCUUUCAUCAGGAAACUUGGAUCAGCGUAUCAGGGUACUCCUAAUCAAAUUUCUAUCGAAAACAGUUAUUUACCAUCAAGGAAACAUUUCUACUGAAUUUCUGUAUGCCGUGAUUUCAGUUUUAGCAAAUAAAUUUGAUGAGGAACCAACUCGCCUCCAAGCUGCGAAUGCCCUGACUGAUAUAUUUUCACAGUCUCGAAGCCUUGAUCUGCUAAAAGAAAAUCAAAAAAUGCUAUUACAAAAGAUUUUUGCCUGUUGUGUCCUAUACGCCAAGAAAGUUGACUUGUCUCUUGUUAUCAACAGUUUACGUUUAUUGCGAGUAAUACUUCCAAUUGAGCCUUACAUAUUAACAGAAGAUAAAAUAAAUAAAUUGACUGAAUUUUUGUUUGGCUUGGAUUUUGUCGAACCUGAUGUUAUCGUUGCAAAAUAUAGUUGCCUAUUGGAGAUCCCGAUUGAAUAUUUGAUGAAAUAUCGGGAGGCUAUUUUAUCGGAUUCCUUUUCAUUUUUACAAAAUAAAGAAGUUCCCAAUGAUCCAGGUUUCAUUGAAUCUGUUGCGAAAUUGAUAGCCAAAAUUCUCGACAAAGAAUCUCUUCCCGAAUUCAUUAAUAAGCUAAGUACUCUUGAAAAAUCCCUGGAAGAAUCUUUUACGAUUGGAUUAUUAGCAAACAAACUCGCAAUGUUAUCUGCAGAUGUUAGCAUUUCUAAGAAAAUUUUUAACGAUUUAGUGAACCCAAAGUCAGAGAAACUCCAAAAGAGAUUCUGUAUCUGUUUUGUUGCUUCCAUGGAAUUUUAUGAUCCUUCUCUUAAUAUACAAAGCUACUUUGAAGCUUUAACGAAUCAAUUAAAUUCACCUAAUGAAGAAAUAACUCAAGCUGCAGCAAUUGGAGUUGGAAAACUGGCAACAAAGGAUGAAUUCUUCGUUCAGACCUUAUGUACAUUAUAUGAUUCAGAUGCUUAUUCUCGUGAACUUUUAGUAACUUCUCUUAUUAAUGUUCUCAGAAAUCAAUUGAAAGCAGAUACUGCCGAAAACAUUUGGACUACUGUAUGUCGAUUUUUGGGAGACGGAAGUGUUGCUAGGCUGCAUGUCUCAGAAUGUCUUGGAUUGCUUUUAUUGCAAGAUUCUAUUAAUUUAUACCCAAAAUUGCUGGAGCUUUCAACGAAAAACACUUCUGAGUUAAAAAUGCAAGCCUUAAGCAUUCUUCGUUUUAGCCUAUCUUAUCAACAUCAGAAAUGGUACAAUGCUGAGAAAACAACUUUCUUGAAUAUCUAUAAAUUAUUAAAUGAUUCAGAUGUCCACGUUCGUGAAGAAGCGCUGCAGCUAAUAUUGACUGCAAUAAGGAACAAGCCUAAGUAUAUAGAAGAAGUAUUUAAUGAUCUUGUAUCUGCUUUACUCUCCAAAUCUGUGGUGGACCCGAAUAGCAUACGAACUGUACAGAUGGGACCUUUCCAACAUAAAGUUGACGAUUGUCUUCUACAAAGACAACUCGUUUUUGAAAUCUUUUAUUCUUUGCUGGAGUUCCAGGAGUCCAAAAAUAAAAUAGAUAUAUUUACGCAGGUUAUUUCAACAGGACUUGAGGAUGAACAAUAUAUUAACCUACUUUCUAUCUCCAUUUUAGAAAGAUUGAUAGAAGUCAGUCCAUCAGAUAUAUUUCAACGACUGAACCUCGUACUAGAGCCGUUGAAAAAUAUUCUGAAAAAGCAGUUGACCGAGAAGUCACUAAAAACUGAUUCGGAAAAUAUCCUUGAUUUAGUUCGCGCUGCUUUGAGAGUAGUGAUUUCCUUGAAAGCAAAAUGCAACAAACCGGAAGUUCUGGCUUUAGACAAUGAGACUCGAAAAGGGCCUUAUGCUCUAGAGUACUUAAAUGUUGAAAAUGAAUUAAAAGGAUUGAAAAUUGUAUAAACUAACUAGCAAGUUCAAGAAAAAUCUAGUCUUAUACAGUGUAUCUUGUACUGUUACAUUGUGAAUAGUCUUGAUGGUUAUAUGAGAUUAAUGAUAUUACAAAAUGAAGAUGAAUUAAAUCGAGAUGAUUUAUAUUUAUAAUUUAAUUUAGAC